CACCACCACAGUCGUCCACCACCACCACCAUAGUCGUCACACCACCACAGUCGUCCACCACCACUAUCACCACCACACAACCAUGACUGUCAAAUAUACAGACACCGUUGCUACAGUUGGGAGCUUUGGCAGUUUCUUCAAGCUACUGAUGAAAUGGCGCGGCAGUGUUUACAAGAUGAUCUGGCAAGACAUGUUGGUCUACCUGGUCCUGUACACCUUGUUGUCGCUGGUGUACCGCCUGGCUCUACCUCCCCUGGCCAAAGAGUACUUCGAGAUGCUUGUUAUCCACUGCGCCCGUUUCCGUGACCUGAUACCCGUGUCGUUCGUGCUGGGUUUUUACGUGUCGUUGGUGGUCAAACGAUGGUGGGACACGUACCAAAGUAUCCCUGUUUCUACACUGCUGCCGUGCUUGCAGGCGUACAUCCCCGGCUUGGUAGUGACCAUCGCCGUCUACUCCUUCUUCGUCUUCUCACUGCUCGGGGAACAGUACCUCGACCCGGCCAGCCAACACCCCGACCACAAGAUCGACGCCUAUGUACCGGUGUUCGCUCUCUUGCAGCUCUUCUUCUACAUAGGCUGGUUGAAGGUGGCCGAGGCGCUACUCAACCCCUUCGGUACAGACGACCAUGAUAUUGAGUUCUUAGAUCUCCUGAAGAAACAUCUGCAGAUGACUCAGCUUCUGUGUGACCCCGUGUACAUGGAGGAACCUUGCACCACCAACCUGCCGCAGGAGCAGACUGUAGCAGGCGGUGAUGACGAGAAGGAACAGCAACAGGAACAACAGAUGUGUCAAAGUAACAAUAACAUAGAACUGGUGGUGGUGAAAAGUAGUACCACACCGGCUAUCAACUUCCCCUCAACUGUACUAUGUGGUGGUACUAUUGUUAACUCCCUCAGUCAGCCGCUAUUAAGGGUCGUGACAGUCUGCCUCCCACCACCACGACCACCACCAACUACUACCAUUACCUACCACAACUACCACCAUCUUCGACUACCACCUACCACUACCCCACCUACCCACCACCUUCAGCGCCUUCUACGAGUUAUGACUGUCCGGUACUGUGAUAAAGCAGCCAGUCGUGGUGGAUUUGGUUCGUUCUGGCAGUUGUUAUUGAGAUGGCGUGGCAGUGUUUACAAGAUGGUCUGGCAAGAUAUGUUACUGUAUAUUAUUUUAUAUUACUCCAUAUCGUUCAUCUAUCGUUUUGCUCUUGAUGAGGAGUCUAAGAGGACGUUCGAGAAUGUGGUCAUCCACUGCACCCGUUUCCGCACCCUCAUCCCGCUGUCGUUCGUGUUAGGGUUCUUCGUGUCGCUGGUCGUCAGCCGCUGGUGGGGAGUUUAUCAGAGUCUACCAUGGCCAGACACCUGUGCUAUCUUGGUGGCCACGCAUAUACCCGGCCAGAGCGGUCAAGAGCGAGAGGUGAGGCGCUCUGUACUACGCUAUGUUAACCUAGCCAUGGCUCUUACCUUCGCCAUGGUAUCUCCUGUUGUAAGGGCUAAACUACCUAACCUGGAGAGCUUUGUUACGGCAGGAUAUUUGACAGAUGAUGAACUACAGAUACUGAAAGCCCUCGAGAACACCACAUCAUUACAUAAGACUUGGGUGCCAGUGUUGUGGGCCUGUAAGACUGUCGACCAGGCCAAGCGAGAGGGCCAUGUGAGUGAAGGUGGCCAACGUGCUAUUACUCGCGAGAUCUUGGCCAUCAGAGGCAAGUGUGGUGGUCUGAUGGGCUGGAACGAGUACAAUAUACCUCUUGUGUACACUCAGGUAGUGACCAUCGCCGUCUACUCCUUCUUCUUUCUUCUGCUGGGGGACAAGUUCCUCGACCCGGCCCAGACCCUCCCAGGACACUCCAUCGACUUCUACGUGCCGGUGUUGGCUCUUCUUCAGCUCUUCUUCUACGUCAGUUGGAUCAAGGUCGCUGAGGCUCUGUUGAACCCUUUUGGUUCUGACGAUAACGACUUUGAGUUCGUCCCGCUGCUGACCAGACAUCUUGAGAUGUCGGGAUUGUUAUCAGAGCCAAGUCCUACUCAACUACCAAUUAAACUACGGGAAUUGGCCAUUAGCGAUCACCCUACUAAGGUCGAUUACGUGGAAGACGAUGUGCAGUCUAGUACAGGCUCUAUGGAACACUGCCUCUAGUAUGUUAGGUUUUGGUUAGUUUUGGUUGGGUUUGGUUAGGUUGGGUAAGGAAGGUUUGGUUGGGUUUGGUUAGGUUAGGUUUGGUUAAGGAAGGUUUGGUUGGGUUUGGUUUGGUUAGGUUGGGUUAGGUUCUUUCAUCAUGGUAAUAUAUAUAAUGCAGUAUAAUCCUAAGUCAAUGUUUAUGUUAAACUUUAAGGCACUUUGGUGAUGUGUGUGUGUGUGUGUGUGUGUGUGUGUGUGUGUGUGUGUGUGUGUGUGUGUAUGUAUAUGUAUGUAUAUAUGUAUGUAUGUAUGUGUGUGGAGUGUGUGUAUGUGUUUGUAUGUAUAUGUAUGUAUGUAUGUGUGUGUGUGUUUACGUCACCGACAUUACACACACACAUACACCUUUUAUAUAAACAGUUAAAUCGU